ACGUCACCGCUUGGGCACCAGAGCUUCCUUGUGUGGGACAUCGAUGACUACGGUAUGCAGCUCUCAAACAGGACCAACGUGAGACCAAAACAACUCGCACGGUCUGUUAAAAUGACUACAAAGCUUUCCUAAUGGACUACGCCACGAUGGAGACGUUCGAUGUGUCCGUCCCCCAUGAGCCCCGUUCCGACGUGGUCACCGUGGGGGAGCGGACGCAAGAGGCACAACAACCGAAACCUGUAUUGGACCUGAAGAAAUCACCAUCGGCGCCUGUGGUCACAGCUGGUGAUCCAGCGGCAUCUCCAGAGAUUCCACCGCCAGCAGAAAGGCCAGCCAGGGCCAAAACGGAAUUAGCGGACCUCGAAGAUGUGCCAGAGACCCCGAAGGGCGCGCCUUCGUUUCCAGAGCUAUCCUACAAUCCGCCAGUGCCUCCAGAUGCUGCGGAUGAACAGGCGGAUGAAGGAGACGAAGAACCGCCAGUUGCGACGUCCUUUGAACGAGGUGCUUCCCCGGUAGAAUCUGUGCCCAAGAACCGGACUGCGCUCUAUGAGAGACUCAGCGAGGAUGGCAUUGCGCGGAUGCAUAAAUUCUCUCUAUACGAGACAGCCACCCGGUAUUAUAUGGUUGGCAUGGAUUUGCUGGAUACGCGCUUCCGGAUUCUGAAAAUUGAUCGCACUGCAGAUACGGGAGAUCUUAGUAUCGCUGAAGAUGACAUCGUCUAUACGAAGAAACAGAUGAGUCAGUUGUUAGAUGCUAUCGAUGACGGCAACAAGAGCUCUGGCGGUUUGAAACUGAAAUGCAGCGCUUGGGGUCUUCUCGGUUUCAUUAGGUUUACUGGCGCGUACUACAUGUUGCUCGUCACCAAGAGAAGUCAGGUGGCGAUGAUAGGCGGCCACUACGUUUACCAGAUCGACGGCACAGAGCUGGUAUCAUUGACAACGACUUCCCGAUUCAAGCCUGAAAAGUAUCCAGAAGAGGCCCGGUAUAUCGGGAUCUUGAAUAACCUUGAUCUGACGCGCUCCUUCUAUUUCAGUUAUUCGUACGAUAUCACGAGGACUUUACAGCACAAUAUCUGUCGCGAGAGACUCAACCUCCAGAAGGGCUUGCCACACACUGCCAACCAUGAUCACAAUUCCAUGUUUGUCUGGAAUCAACAUCUGCUGAACCCUGCUGCUGCAACACUGAAGAAUACUUAUGAUUGGUGUCUUCCCAUUAUCCACGGCUACGUCGACCAGUCCAAGCUAUCUGUAUAUGGACGGCUGGUGUAUAUCACAAUCAUUGCACGUCGGUCCAGAUUCUUUGCAGGCGCACGAUAUUUGAAGCGAGGAGCCAACGAUCUUGGCUAUGUCGCCAAUGAUGUGGAAACGGAACAGAUCGUAUCUGAGAUGACAACGACAUCUUUCCACGCUCCUGGCCCGAAAUUGUAUUCGAAUCCGCAGUAUACAUCCUAUGUCCAGCAUCGAGGCAGUAUUCCACUGUACUGGACUCAAGAAAGUACUGGAGUUACUCCGAAGCCAGACAUUGAGUUGAAUCUCGUGGAUCCGUUUUACUCCGCAGCCGCAUUGCAUUUCAACGAUCUGUUUAUGAGAUACGGUGCCCCCGUAUACGUCCUGAACCUCAUUAAAGCAAAAGAGAGAACGCCACGUGAAUCAAAGCUUCUGAAGGAAUACACCAAUGCGAUCACUUAUCUCAACCAGUUUUUACCAGACGACAAAAAGAUUAUCUACAAGGCAUGGGACAUGAGCCGAGCGUCGAAGAGCCGCGACCAAGACGUCAUUGGAACGCUGGAAGACAUCGCGAGUGACAUAAUACCAAAGACAGGCUUCUUCAAGAACGGAGAAGAUGCGGAAUCUGGCCUCCAACUACAGAAUGGUGUCGCUAGAACAAAUUGCAUAGACUGUCUCGACCGCACUAACGCCGCCCAAUUUGUCAUAGGGAAACGAGCCUUAGGGUAUCAGCUCCACGCUUUAGGAGUGAUUGAUGUGACUACGGUCGGUUACGAUACCGAUGCAGUUAACCUCUUCACUAACAUGUGGCAUGACCACGGCGACACGAUUGCCAUCCAGUACGGAGGAUCCCACCUUGUCAACACUAUGGCAACUUACCGAAAGAUUAAUCAAUGGACAAGCCAGUCGAGAGAUAUGGUUGAGAGUUUCAAGAGAUAUUACAAUAAUUCGUUCUUAGAUGCUCAGCGUCAGGAAGCAUACAAUCUCUUUUUGGGGAAUUACAUCUUCUCUCAAGGCCAGCCCAUGCUGUGGGAUUUGUCUACGGACUACUAUCUCCACCAUGCUGACCCACGAGCCUGGUUAGAUCUGAAAAGGCCUAAUUAUAUCUGCUGGUAUAACCAAGAAUUCCUGGAGAAGCGUCAAAUGCCACCUGCAGUGUGGUCGCAGAAAACAGCGAAGGAGCCGAUCGAGUACUUUGACGACUACUGGUUGGAAUACUAUAGGCCUCUAGCGUUGUCCUCAUACUCCAAGAUUUUCUCGUUCAAAAUGAACUCCACGCUCCGGUAUCUACCAUUCCGCUGGACCCAAGGUGGUCGAUACGAUCUCAGCCCUUUCGUCCCUCGGAUACUGCACGAGUCAGUGAGUCGUGACGGACCACAACCACAGCGGAAAGGAGUGAAGAUCAAAGAGCCCUCCGACAACUCCAGCGAUUACUCUAACGGAUCACGCUCAGGCAUCAUGACACCGUCCGCCCAGGCAUGGAGCCACCAGCCGCCUUCAGCAGAGAGACGUCCUCCACCUGCGGGUAUCAUCAAAGAGCCCGCGUUUGAACUCUCCAACGGAUCUAUAAUCCCAACGAUGCCAUCAUCUACCUCAGAGUUAUCCACCACACCUAGCAAAGCCCAGAUUGCGCAAUGGACUCUCGGCCAACUCGUCACAGACAGCCUCAAUCCUUCCGUUACCUCCACCGAAGCCGAAGAGUAUGAACGGUACAUCAACCACCCACUCAAGGUACCUCUAGUCGUGACCUCCGAGGCCGAAAUGACCGCUACCUCAAUCCGCGAGCGCGUCUCCAACAUUGAUUACCUCGAGUACAUCAACAAGUGCGAUCUCGAAGACAGCAGUCUCGACGGCAUGGCGGAAGAAAAUUUGGCAGAUUAUGUAGAGUUCCUGAACGUCUCAGAGGAAGGAUUGACGGUUGUAGCGGAGGACUACGAGAAGAAGAGGUAUAAGCGCUAUCGACAGUGGUUGAGAGGGAAGAGUCUGUUUAAGCAGCGUGUAGACGUGUGAUGUGAUAUGAUGCUCUCUGUUUUUGUCUUUGGCUUUCUCUUAACUUUUUUUAGUAUAGUACCCUUUCUACGAUUGAUGUAAUGAUACCCUCUUCGCAUGUUUAACGUCUGGGUCUACGAAUGGAAUGCGGACGACUCAGGAGUUCUUCAACUAUGUUCUACUAUGUUUGUUUUCGCUCAGUAGUUAGUCGUUCUCGUUUCCUAGAUCUACUUUUUUUAAAAAAAAACUCAGACAUUACAAGCCAUACAACCGAUCUAUCUAUCCAAACAGCUCCUCAACACCACCAGGAGAGAUAUCCACAAACAACAACCCCCUCAAAUCCUCAUCCGCAGUAACAAGAUCCAUAAACUCUUUCUCUACAUCAAUAUCCUCAGUAAGACCCAGCCAAUUAUCCUCCUGGAACUUCCCAUCUACUUUGACUUGUUCCGAGACCGAAAUCAGCACCACCUUGAGCAGAUAAGCACAGCCUUGAAGUUGAUUCUUC